GAGCGAGCGAACGAGCGCGCCUUUUUACUAAAAAGGCUAUUUGCUUUCUUCUUUCAUUUUGUCUUGCUAAUUGCUCAGCAAAGAAUCAUUUUGUCCUUUCUCGUACCGAGGCCUUCGUAUUUUCUCGGGCUACUUUCGUCCAAUACUUUGAGUGAGCUGAAUUGGAAGAAAUGUCGCUCGAUUCCCCGUGCCCGUGUACUUUGAAUAGGCUCAUUGAUAGUCGUACCGGCAGAGGGCGCCUCCGGCUGCCGUUCGCCUUCGCCUUAUCACUCUAAAAAAUAUGACCAUCGGUUCGGUUCCUUCAAAAAAUGGUGGCAACAAAGUGACACUUCAUAGAACUGAACAGAUUUGAAGCACUACGAUUUUGAUUCAAAUCUAUGGAAUAGAUUCAUUUCUAUGCAUAUGCUAACAGCUGAAAUGUGUUGAAUGUAGUAACAGACAACAAAUGAUGAGUUACAGUAUUUAUCACCCCAAAAAAUGUAGUACUGUAUAUCCUACUCCAUUUCACAAGCAAAGCUGAUUUACAUUUACGAACUAUCUGGGGGAAACUCAUUCGUAUUUACUGAUCAUCUAGGUGAAAUUGAGUUAUCUUUGUUCAUUACUUGGGUGAAAUGGAUUUACAUUUACUAAACAUAUGCAUAAAAUGGAUUUGAAUUCAUUAAAAAUAAGUUCUAUCAACUCCUAUUCGAGCACAUUGUUGCUUAAUUCAACACACUUACACUGUUGUUAUUUUUCUGUACCUAAAAUAUUUUUUUAUUUGAAGUGACAAUUUGUAGGACAGGAUUUUCAUCUACUCAGUAAUAUUGAGUGAUCCUUUGUUGCCAUCAUUUUUCACCCAAUAUCCUGACCAAAAUGAAGUCAACUGCGGCAUCAAGGAACAUCAACAGAUUUCAGUGCAUAAAACAGCAGCAGCAGGAAAAACAUUGAUUUGUGCAAGAUGUAAAGCAACGUAACAGGCCACAUUGGCACACAUGACAACACCAGGAGACGGCGCUCUUUAUAGAACACAACACAGAUGUAAUAACAUUGGCAACCAGUCGCCAAGUCCCAUAAUGCAAUUCGGCGGAACACAUAAGAAUCGCGACACUUUUUUCACGCCAGAUAAAUUGUAAAUGAUCUAAACGGUUCACUACAAAUGACACGAUCAAGGGCUGAACAGAGUGACUGUAGUAAAUAUACGUAUGUCGCAAAAAUCCAGCCGUUGCGCUCAAAACAUUCGGUGAAAAUGUGACAAGAAUUCUGCUUUUAACACGCUACUUGAGUAAAAAUGUUACGAGUAAAAUUUCAUUUUAUUGUAAAAACUAAAUGCAGUAACUUUAGAUUACUUGGGGGGGCUUGGGCUGUGGCCAGGACACAAAAUUAAAUAAAAAAGAUUAGCUCGUACUUGAUAUCCAAUAUAUAAUUGUAUUACGCUAUACUCAGGAAACUCACAUUAAAUUGUGAUAUUGAGACUACUUUUUCAACCAUUGCAAUGCUUUUAGUCGAAUCAAAGACAGCGCAGACUGACUUGGGUCACUAACACUAGUAGAACUUCAUUUCCACUGAAAGUGCAGUCAAUUUGCCAUGUUUAGUCAUUUGCAGUAACACAAAGCAAUGUUUAACUGCUCCAGACACUUGAAUUGUUAACUAAGAACAAACUGGUCUUACGUCUGUGAAAUGUGUGGCAGACUUGUCGUCGUGUGAUAAAAAAUGCCUCGGGCAGGAAAAUAAGACCUUCCAAAUUCCAAUGAGUAAAACAUGCAGUAACUUCUACUCACUGGUUUUCAGAAGAUUUUAAAUACAAAAAAUACUAAUCAAUGAUUCCAAUUUGGCGAAUUCAGCUCAGUGUGAUUCGAAACUGCACGCGGUCUUUUUGACCAUGUAUAGUCUACUCUGAUUUAUUUCACAAAUAUUACCAAACCCUGAUCACAGUUUUGACAGUGCUUAGGACAGGACACGCGCUCGUUUGGCCAGGUGGACGUUUGGAGCCCCGUACGUAUUGUUAUGUACUUUCAUAAUCUAAGAACGCGUCAGAAUAGAACAACGCGUGCUUCUCGACAUAUGUGCCCCCGACACGUCACAGAGAUUCCUUUUAUACUGUAAUACCACACCUAUAGGGAAGCGCACACUACGGCAACAGCAGCGUGACAGAAAUAUGUUAGACGAUGGCGAUCUCGCGCCCGCCGGGCCCCGUUUGUUUGUUCUUUUCCACGUCGGCGAGUGUAAAGGUCACCCGGCUCUAGCUCUGUCGUGCGUAUGAUUAAGCAAACGGUCGGGCCUUGUUUCACACACGCGCGCGGUCCGUUAGGGACCACAAAGUUCUGCGUGUACUUCCUCUCCGUAGGCUCCGCCCUCCGUCAGGAGCUUAAGCCGACCUUCCCCGAGGAGGAUUUGCGGCGGGCUUCGGGAGACCGCUCGGCUUUGGCCGCUCCGAGGGUUCCGACGCUCUCGUCGCCACCUUUCGGAGGCCCUUCCUUGGUGGCCGAUUUCUCGCGGAAGGCAGUCGUCGACGAAGGACGGGAUGAACGGCGACGAGACGCCCGCCUUCGCCUCCGCCGUUUUCGGCGCACCCUACACCCGCGGCCUCGACGCUCCCGAAGCCAACGGCGAGUCCCGUGCCAAAGCUCUGACGGGAAACGAACAAGUCUAUUUCCCGCGCUCCUCGUCCAAAUACAAGAAAAAGCGAAGGACGGCGUGGCAGGCGGACGGCCUGACGGACACGUCCGAGUACCAAGUGGAGGUUCCCGACCGCCCGCCCGCCCGCCCCUCCGUUCCCGAGGGUCCGUCGCCGUUUGCCUGACGAGCGCUUUUCCGUCCGGCGCCGCAGCACUUGAGCACGUUGGUGUUGGAGCGCAAAGCCGGUCUGCUGACGGUGGAGGACGGCGUGCGACGUCUGCGGCUGCUUCACGCCAAAGGGAAAAUCUGGACGCAGGAUAUGACGCUGCGGGUGGACUGCCGUGGCAUCAGCUUGAUAGACGCCGACACCGAGCACGAGCUCGAGGUCUUCCCGCUGUGCUCGGUGCAGCGGUGCCAGGCGGUGAUGAACGCGUGCGGCUUCGACUCCAUCUUGGCGCUGGUGUGCAAGGACUCGGGUCAGAGCAAGGCCGAUCUUCACCUGUUCCAGUGCGACGACGUCAAGGUGAGCGUGGGCCGCGCCGGCGGCUCGGGCCGCGUCUAAACGGACGGCCGGGCCGUUCCCGCCCGCAGGCCGACCUGAUCCACGCCGACAUCCGGAGCGCUCUGACGGACGCCAAAGGAGGAAAACCCAAAAAACGACCCGAUGUCCUCAAGAUGAUUCUGAAGAGCGAGGGCGACAUCCCGCCUCCCCCCGCCGCGCCCGCCCCAGAACCGCCGUCCUUUCCGGAGACGGGCGCCCGGCGGCCUCGGAACGGUGAGCGAGUCGCGCUGCUCGGACCCUGCGCGCCCGAGGGGGAGCGAGCUCACCGCCCGCUCGGCCUUUCUCGCGCAGGCGGAGGAGAGACCGAGACGGCGGCCGCCGUGGACCGCGACGUGCGAAUCCUCAAUCGCAUCCUGGACGACAUCGAGGCCUUCGUGGGCAAACUGCAGAAAGCGGCCGACGCCUACCGACAGCUGGCCGAGCGCAAGAACAAGAAAAACGACAAGAAAUGUCCCGGAGAGGGGCUCCUGACGCUGCGGUCCAGACCUCCCGCCGAGGAGCAGUUUGUCGACUGUCUGCAAAAGUUCAAAUUUGCUUUCAACCAGCUGGGCAAAUUGCAAGCUCGCAUCCGGAACCCGAGCGCAGAGGAGCUUCUUCACUUCCUCUUCGCCCCCCUCAGAAUGGUACGUCCCGUCCCUCGCCGUAGGCGAAGGGGAGCGACGGCUCCGCCCUGUUUCCCGCAGGUGGUGCGAGCGUCGGGCGGCCCCGAUCUGGCUCGCGGCACCGUCGUCCCGCUGCUCACCGGCGAGGCGGUGGAAUUCCUGCGCGCCGUCGGCACGCCGGAGGAGCGCCGCCUGUGGGCGGCGUUGGGGGACGGCUGGACCAAGAGCAGGUCGGAGUGGCCCGAGGAUCGCGACCUUCCGCCCUGCCCGUUGACGUUCGCCGACGGUUGGCGACCGCCGUCUCCGGAGGAUCGGCCGAGCUGGAGUCCGGCGGAGGAGGGCGCGAACAAAACAGUUUGCCAAAUCCAAGUACGACUUUGUGGCCAGGAACAACACGGAGCUGUCGGUGCUCAAGGACGAGCUGGUGGAGGCAAGACCCCUCGCCCUCCGUUCCGCUUCGCUUCGGCGUCUUCGCCUCACCCGCGUUCCGCCCGUCAGGUGGUGGACGACAGGAAGCAGUGGUGGAAGGUGCGAAACGGCGACGGCCUGCUGGGUUACGUGCCAAACAACAUCCUGGAAGCGCCGGCACCGGCGGUGGACAUCGGCGCUGGCGGGGACAGCGUCUACAGCCACACCAUACAGCUGAUGAUGCCGCGGAAGGAGUUUGAGAUGUUCAAGCAAUUACUGGGAGAGCUCAACGAGAAACAGACCGGCGGCGGUACCGAGCGCCUUGCCGAAAAAGCCCCGCCCGCGCCGCCGCCUCUUCCGCCGCCCGCCGACGAGGCCGUCGGACGCCACGACGCCCCGCUUUCCGGAGACGACGACGGCGGCGCCGUGAGAGCCCUGGCCCGACGCAGAAAGUCCAACAUGGAGGAGGUCCAGGACGAGCUCCUGCACCGACUGACGUUGGGUCGCGGCGCGCAGAAGAAACUCCCCGCGGGGUCGCACGCCACCGCCGGCCUUCCCGGCGUCAACAUCACGUACGAGUCGUCUCCCGACGACGUUCGCGGCUGGCUGGAGGCCAAAGGCUUCGCUCCCGUCACCGUCAGAAGUCUGGGGGUCCUGACGGGGGCGCAGCUCUUCUCGCUCAACAAAGACGAGCUGAAGACCGUCUGCCCCGACGACGGCGCUCGCGUCUUCGGCCAAGUCGCCGUGCAGAAGGCGGCGCUCGAGGUACCGGCGCCGCCGCCACUGACUUCGUUCGGGACUCGACGACGACGACGACCCGCACGAGACGAGCGCGACGCGGUUCAAAUGGGAACGGCGAAAUUUACUGCCCGUUUUUUUUCCGGCAUAAAGCUCGGUUUGGCUUUCCGCGCCCGGGUUCUGUUUGGCCGGGCGUUGUCGACCGCGCCUUCCCGAAGAACCCCGGCCCGCGGUUGGAUCUCGCCGCGUUUCAAACGUAAAGAAAAAGUCGGGUCCGACACGACCGACGAGACAAAACGACGACUUUGGCCGGUUCUUGUGGGCGCGCGGAGACCGAGCGGGACGGCGCGACGGGACUUUUGCCGGCUGACUUUGCGCUACCGGCCGCCGCCUUUGCGGUUUCGGUGUGGCGAGUGUGCCUUUGAUCUCUUCAGGUUUUCUUCUGAGCCGUCCUCCCGUCGUCCCGGCGGCUUCGUUCAGAGUCGAUCGGGCUCCGAGCUGCGGGAGGUCAUGAGGAGACGUCGGGAGAUCCUGGCCUCCGGCGACCCUUCGGACGAAGACCCCGCCCGCUGAAGCUCACGCCGCGGAUUUCCCGCCGUCGAUGGCGUCGGCGCCCGAGAAGGAAAGCCGGCGGUGUUAGCGUAGUCGCUCUUUAGUCGCUGCUGAAAUUCACCCGGACGGACGGAAGGCCGCUCCCGCUAAACCGGAUGUUUAGUCGCCACCGAGGAAAAGCAAAAACGUGAACUCUGUCGUCGGUUAAAGAAGACCGGCCCGUGAAGACGUUCCUCGCGUCGACGGCCGAGAUAUGAAGAGCGGGGACUCAGAAAGUAUGAGUGCAGAACGGAGUUGCUUUGUCUGUAUCAAUGUGUGCAAUGAGCGCAUCGUCCGUGAAGCUCACCCUUCUGUGCAUUGUGCAAUAAAAAUAGAUUCCAUCUCUGGCGUCGGUUUCCGCAUUUUAGCCGCAAAAGCUUACUUGAAUGGCUUCAACUUGCAUGUUCACAAAAGGAAGACAUUCACAGCACUUACAGUCUAGCGCGCAGUCGCACAAAGUGUCUUGCGUUGCGUACGUGCACGCGCACGCGCUUGAGGCGGGCGAGAGGCAACUCAUUCAUAAUAAAGAAGUCUUCGAGUGCUUCGGACCGAUGAGAAGACGCGGCAGACAAGACAGGACGCCCGUGGACGUCGAGCAAAAGGUAGGCUUCGCUUUUGAUGGAGUCAAAUUUUUUAUCGAUGACCUUGCUCAAAUUUGAUGAUGAAUUCUGCUUUUUGUUCCACCUGAAAAAACAAGAUUCCGAAAUUUCAAAUCGAUUUUUUUCCCGUCGCGCGCGCAGACGUGUCGUUACGAUCUCUGGAAUAACGGGCGCGGAUCUCGUC